AUGUGCCUAGAGAAACUGAUCUACAGCUGUCCGCAGAUACAUAAAAUAUACGUCUUAAUACGUACGAAGAAGAAUCAAAAUCCUGAGCAAAGACUACAAACAAUGAUAGAUAGUCCGGUGUUCACAAGAAUCAAAAAAGAACGACCGGAGGAUUUGAGCAAAAUCGUACCAAUCCCAGGAGAUAUCGCUGCACCUGAUCUGGACAUCAAAGCGGAGGAUGAGGCUAUCUUGAUUAAUGAAGUAUCAGUAGUGUUCCACGCUGCAGCGACAGUAAAGUUUAACGAGCCUUUAAGCGCGGCACUCAACGUUAACUUGGAGGGAACGAGAAGAGUCUUUACUCUCUCCCAACGCAUGAAAUGUAUUAAGGUUUUUGUUCACAUUUCAACUAUGUACACUAAUACCGAUAAAACAGUGGUCGAAGAGAUUGUAUACCCUCCCCCCAAAGAUCUGGGGGAGGUGUACAAAUUCGCCAGGAACUACGGAGAUGAUGCGGAAAAGGUUUCUAAGAUGAUAGAGGGACGACCCAACACCUACACAUUCACGAAGGCGCUCACCGAGACCAUGAUAUCAGAGAAACGUGGUGAUCUCCCAGUGGUCAUCGUGCGACCUUCCAUAGAUCGAAAACAUCAAUGCUUGCUAAAUGCUGCUGGCUCGGACAACUGGUACGGCGCCACCAGUUCUCUCACAGUCAUAGCUAAGGGCAUCUGUAGGGGUGUCGUCGGAAACAGACGCAACAUACUGGAUCUUAUACCAGUGGACUACGUGUCAAACCUCACUUUGAUAUCAGCUGCUAAGUGUAAUAGCAAAGGUCAGCUCACUGUGCUAAAUAGCUGCUCAAGCCAUGUCAACCCGAUUACAUGUGGAGAACUUGUGAAGCUUUACACACAACAGAGCGUAAAGGAAAGAUUUUACAGUCUGCCGUUUCCUGGAGUAAUUCUGAUGACGAAAUACAAAUGGAUAUUAAGAGUAAUAUCUUUUAAUAUGAAGACAGUAGCUUUCGUUGUGGACCUCGUUCUACGUAUUAUCGGAAGGAAACCUAAAUACGUAAAGUUAAUAAAAAUGUCAGACUACGCUCGCGAUUUAGUUGAGUAUUUCACGUCUCACUCCUGGGUCUUCAAGUGCGACGAAGUCCGCGCCCUCUACGCCUCCCUGAGCCUUCAAGAUCAAAAGACUUUCCCCUGUGAUCCAUCACACAUCGUCUGGAACCAAUACAUACCGUUAUAUUUUAAUAGUGUUAAAAAACACUUACUUGAUACGCAGAAAAGGUUUUAAUUCUCAAAAUCCGAAUGUAAUAUUUUAGUUGGUUAGAUUGGUUAAUCAGUUUUAUGGCUUAUGAUAAAAAUAUGGUGCUACAACGUGGUAAAAGAAUGCCGUCCCCGGCUCCGCAUUCUCGCGGAUGCGCCUAAUUACAUAAAUAACCAACAAAGGCUGCAAGCGUUACCUACACAUACUGGAUUUGCUCGUUCUGAAGCCGCUUGUCUUCCGUUUCGUGCCCUUCAACUCCGAAGAAAAUUUACCCAGAACUUGCGGGAAGGCGAGGCGAAGUUACAUGGUU